UAACCCUGUGCUUCCAGUGAAAUAACAGGCGGAGUCUAGAUUAUACCCUUCCAUUCUGCCCCUGUGUACGGUUCCCCAUGUCAACUGACAGGGGGUUUCCCUCUAUACAACAGGUUCUCUACUGGACUCUCAACGCUGUUGCAUUAGAUUGGAUUCUCAUUUUGUAACAAUGGACAACAGUCCUCUGCAGGUGUUGACUGUCCCCACAGCUCCCUACCCUGACCAAAGACCCGGCACCAGCGGCCUGAAGAAAAAGGUCUAUGUAUUCCAGUCUAGGAGGAACUACCUGCACAACUUUAUCCAGAGUAUCUUCUCCUCUAUUGACCUACGUGACCGCCAGGGAUCAACAGUGGUGGUGGGGGGAGACGGUCGCUUUUUCAACCGAACAGCUAUUGAGGUCAUUGUGCAGAUGGCAGCUGCCAACGGGGUGGGUCGUGUGAUCAUUGGACACCACGGGAUAAUGUCCACACCAGCCAUCUCCUGUGUAAUCAGGAAAUACAAAGCCAUCGGUGGCAUCAUCCUCACUGCCAGCCACAACCCUGGUGGACCUGAUGGAGACUUUGGCAUUAAGUUCAAUACUGCAAAUGGAGGCCCAGCCAAGGAGGCUGUCACAAAUAAGAUCUUUCAGAUCAGCAGGACCAUUGAGGAGUUUGCCAUCUGUCCUGGAAUACAAGUGGAUCUGACAACCCUGGGCAAACAGAUGUUUGACCUGGAGAACAAGUUCAAACCCUUCACAGUGGAAAUUGUAGACUCUGUGGAAUCCUAUGCUAACUUGUUGAGGAACAUCUUUGACUUUGCUGCUCUGAAGGAGAUUCUAUCUGGUGAAAACCACAUCAAGAUAAGACUAGAUGCCAUGCAUGGAGUGGUAGGACCAUAUGUGAGGAGAAUCCUCUGUGAGGAGCUGGGCUGCCCUACCAAUUCUGCCGUCAACUGUGUCCCAUUGGAGGACUUUGGGGGUCAACACCCAGAUCCUAACCUCACCUAUGCUGCAGAUCUGGUUGACAGCAUGAAAGAAGGACAGUAUGAUUUUGGUGCAGCAUUCGAUGGUGAUGGGGACCGUAACAUGAUCCUUGGUAAACACGGCUUCUUCGUUGCCCCACCUGACUCUGUGGCUGUGAUUGCUGACAACAUCUUCUGCAUCCCAUACUUCCAGCAUACAGGGGUGAGAGGCUUCGCCCGCAGCAUGCCCACAAGCGCAGCCUUAGACAGAGUAGCCAAGGCAACAAAAAUAGAAUUAUAUGAAACUCCCACUGGGUGGAAGUUCUUUGGGAACUUGAUGGAUGCAGGCAGACUGUCUUUGUGUGGAGAGGAAAGCUUUGGUACAGGUGGAGACCAUAUUCGUGAAAAGGAUGGGCUUUGGGCCGUGCUGGCAUGGCUGUCCAUCCUGGCCACUAGAAGGCAGAGUGUGGAGGAUAUUCUAAAGGACCACUGGCUAAAAUAUGGAAGAAACUACUUCACCAGAUAUGACUAUGAGAACAUAGACAUAGAUGUAGCCUGUGAGAUGAUGGAGGAUUUGGAGAUUCUGAUCGCCGGAAAGUCCUUCGUGAAGCAGAGAUUUGCUGUGGAGGACAAGAUCUACCAAGUGGAAAAAGCAGACAACUUUGAGUACACAGACCCGGUAGACAGCACCAUCUCCAGGAACCAGGGUCUGCGGAUAAUCUUUUCUGAUGGUUCUCGAAUCAUCUACAGACUCAGUGGGACAGGUAGUGAUGGGGCGACAGUUCGGAUCUACAUAGACAGCUAUGAGAAGGAGCAAAUCUUUGAAGACACGCAGGUGAUGCUGGCACCCCUGGCAACCAUCGCUCUGAAGAUUUCCCAGCUCCAUCACAGGACAGGUCGAAGUGGCCCAUCAGUCAUCACAUGAUUCCUCCCAUGUGUUGCUCCAUCAUUGCUUAAGUAAUCUCCUUUUUGUUUUUCUUUCCAGAUUUUUGUACAAACUGAGCUUCAAUUCCAAUUGUAGCUGCACAACAUGCAGUAGCCUAGUUUGCAUUUUAGACUAAAAUAUAUUCAGUGAUUUUUAUCUGCUUUUAAUUUUUUGGGUCAUGUGUGGCAUGUGUGUCUUUUGCAUAGCAGCAAACAGACUAUGUGUUCUGGUCUUGUCAAUGUUUUUAAACUGUCAAUUUCACUUUUGUUAUCUGUAAUUGUUCCAAAUGUAAUUUAAAUCAUUUAGUCACUGGCAAAAAGCAGCAGGGUUCAGCAGUCCUAGUGAUCAAAGCUCUGAAAUUCUGUCAUAACACUGCGUAUUGUCACAUUGUUCUGACUGUGCACACUCGGGAUGUCUGCUUCAUGGUUGAAGUUAGCUUCAGGUUUAUUAGGAAAAUAAUAAGAAAGUAAUCGUUUCUCACAUGAAUAACAUUUCCUCAUGCAUCCAGUGCUCAUUCCUAAAGUAAAAAACUGUGUGUUUAUUUGGAUCAUCUGUACUCCUUCAUUCAGGAAAAUUAAAACUCAUCAGCGAAUAAAAAUCUGAAAUUGCAGUCGAGUGCCUGGUGCUGAAGGAUGAGCAACAACAAUAUACCUGCUCGCUCAAGUGUAGACACAAACUUUCCAUAUCAGGAGUAACUAUUCUGAAAUUACAACAAAGCAACAUUAGAAUAUUGUGAUCUUAGAUUAAACAUUAUUCCCUUUAACCCCAUGUGGAGUUGGUUAGAUAUUUUUACCAUUACUAA